CAUUGCGAAUGUGGAGCACCAUCAGCGACUAUAUACACAAACAUACAUACGUACAUACAUACAUAUAUUCGGUUUGCAAAGUCACGCAUUCGUCCAUUUGAAAUCAAAAUUUUAAAGCAUGGUGCACACAAUACAAUACAGACAUUGUGCUUAGAUAAUCAAUAAAAUAAUAAGCUUUUGGCUCUUUGGAAAGUUAGGUUGUUUGUUAUUCGUAAGCGGACCCUUCUGUACAAAAUGGAAAGAAAAUUACAUAGCGGUAUUCAUCAUCCUACUUUGCGUAUGCUGCAGGAAUCGGGUUGUGAAAUAACACCACAUAAUUUGAUGUAUCCAGUGUUUUUGAUUGGAGAAGACGAUGAAAUCGAACCUAUAAAAAGCAUGCCUGGUCAAUCGCGUAUGGGAGUAAAUCAAUUGCGAAAAUUUAUCGAACCAUUAAUAAGCAAAGGGCUUUCUUCAGUACUUCUCUUCGGCGUUGUAGAUUCUAGCUUGAAGGAUGAUCUUGCUACCAAUGCUGAUUCAGCUAUAAAUCCAGUAAUUAGAGCUUUGCCGUUGUUAAGGAAGUGGUUUCCAAAUCUCUUGAUUGCGUGUGAUGUAUGUUUAUGUCCAUAUAUGAAACAUGGUCAUUGUGGAAUACUUGGUGAAAAUGGACUUUUGAACGCCCAAAGUAUUGAUCGGUUGGCAGAGGUAGCUGUUUCUUACGGACGAGCUGGAGCGCAUAUUGUUGCACCUUCAGAUAUGAUGGAUAAUCGCAUUCGUGCAAUUAAAGAGGCAUUAAUAGCGGCAAAUUUGGAAAACAGAGUAUCAUUAUUGUCAUAUUCGGCUAAAUUUGCGUCAAAUUUUUAUGGUCCCUUCCGUGACGCUGCAAAGUCUGCGCCGGCGUUCGGAGACCGGCGUUGCUAUCAACUUCCAAGUGGAUCCAAAGGACUGGCUAUUAGGGCUGUUCAUAGAGAUGUUAUGGAAGGAGCCGAUAUGUUAAUGGUUAAACCGGGUAUGCCAUAUCUGGAUAUAUUACGUCAGACAAAGGACACAUACCCUAGUCAUCCACUAUACGUAUACCAAGUUAGCGGAGAAUAUUCUAUGCUUUAUUUUGCUGCUCAAAACGGAGCAUUUGAUCUGAAAGACGCUCUAAUGGAGACAAUGAAAGGAUUUCGUCGCGCAGGUGCUGACUGCAUCAUAACAUACUUCACACCAACUCUGCUGGAUAUUUUACUGGAGUUGAAAUAACAUUGCUCAACAAGGAAAAUUUUGCCGACGUCAGUUUUUACAAACAAUAUUUGGCUAUCUUGGGCAAGAGCAGAAUAUAGUUACUCUACAUUUUGUAGCUUACCUUUAUUUAUAUGGUGACAGAUUUUAAAGUAUGUAACCUACUUUUCUUAGACCCUCGCAAAAUCUAUUUUGAAUGUUUUGUUUGUAAAUGUGUUGAUUCCUACCAUUCAGACUCAGAUGGUUGUCUUGUGAAUACAUUAAUUGUUGUUUUAUAUACAUAUGUUUAAGUAAUUAUUUAUAUCUGCCGAAGCUACUUAAAAUUUUCUGGUCUCGGUAAACAAUUUAAAGUGUUUUCAAUAAGAGCGUACUAUAAUUUGGUAAUGGUGCCUUAUGAUAAAUAAAAAUGAGCACAGCUAAAUUUUCCAAUAAAAUAAAACAGUAAC